AUUAUUAUAGAUUGAUUUUUGGUAUUAAUUAUUAUAAAUAUAUGGGUGACAUUGUCACUGACUCAUUUGAGAAAAAGAGCCAUGUUAUGCUGAUUAUGGGUUUUAACAUGGUGAAAUUGUAAAAUCACAUGUCUGCAGCAAAAGGGGUUUUCUAAAGUUUGGUUCUUUUUCGUUAUCUCUUACUUUUGAACCAUCAAUUCCAAUGGGGUUGUAAGAUUCAAAGAGAAAAAGAAAAAGAAACCAUUUGGGGUGUUUGAUGUGAUGUUGGCAAUGUCUAUGUGUUACCAAUCACAAACAUUAUUGGGUUGUGUAAGUACUCCCAAUCUUAAUCGUAAUCCUAAUCAUAGGUACUUGUUCAAGUCAAGGUCUUGGAAAGUUCUAUCUACACCCCCACCUUCAGUUAUAUUGAAUGCAGAUGAAAGUGGUGAUUUUUCAAAGAAGCUUCUUUCCUCAAACCUUGUUGCUUCUGGAAGGAAUGAUCCAGCUACUCCUUUUGGUUCUCAAGGAACCACUGUUGGCAUAAUUGGAGGCAUGUCUGUUGAUGCAACUCUCAAGUUUCUAAGGAAGCUUGUUGAGUUGAGUUCACAAGAUGGACAAAGUGCCAUUCCUUUUUUGCUUUGUUCUGAUCCACUUUUGAAUAAGGAGCUUCUUUCCUAUGAAAGGAGUUUGGAAAGUUUGAAACUUGAUUCUUCAAAUAUUGUGCAGAGUCUUAUAAAUAAGAGGAUUUUUCUUGAGAAUUCUGGGGCUAGUUGCAUAGUCAUGCCUUGUAAUGUGUCACAUUGUUGGUAUGAACAAGUAUCUAAAGGGUGUUCUGUUCCAUUUCUUCAUAUGGCUGAAUGUGUUGCUAAGGAGCUUAAGGAAGCUAAGUUAAAGCCACUUGAAGCUGGUAGUCCUUUGAGGAUUGGUGUGCUUGCAACAAAUGCAACUCUGGCAGCUGGUUUUUAUAAGGAGAAGCUUCAAAAUGAAGGCUUUGAGGUUGUCCUACCUGAUAGAGCAACUAUGGAGCACACAGUGAUACCUGCAAUCGAAGCUUUGAACCGAAAGGACAUGGAAGGGACAUGCAAUCUAUUGAGAAUUGCACUUCAAGUUCUUUUGGUGAGGGCAGUUAAUUUUAUCAUCCUUGCUUCUGAUGAAAUACGAGAUGUCUUGCCGCACGAUGAUCCUCUUCUCAAGAAAUGUGUCGAUCCAAUGGACGCCUUAGCUCGGUCAACUAUCAGAUGGGUGAGAUCCUCUGAAGAUAAUACAUGAACAACAAUAGAAAGCAACAAUUGCAUUUCAUUGUGUAUCAUAUUCUUCUGAUUUCAAUGAUAUCAUGCAUCUCAUUAAUGCAAGCUUUUGUAUUCAGUUACUGCAACGAGCCAAAUAUGCAUUUUUAUUGUACAAGUAUUAGAGCAUGUAUUCCUUCUGUAUUCAUGUUCAAAUCAAUUUUGUUUAAGCUUAUAGAACUUGCCAUCUUAUCUAUUCAAAUUUUACAAAGG